AUGUCCAUCACGAAGCAACCUCAAGCCCUUCAAUCCCUCGAUUUGUACAGCGAUUUGCACACUUCAAACGAGAAACACAAUCAUGGACAGGGAGGAGACUGUGAAGGGUGCCCUUCAUCCAGAGCCAGCCAUCGAAACUGCCGUAAAUCUCGCCUGCGUCGUCUUCUUUUCCCAUCUAUGGUCGCCCUAGUCGUUCUUGGCACAGUGAUGCUGUUUUCGUGUUUGGGAGGUCAUGACGUUAUUGGUUGGGGAGCUGAGGAUCUUGUAAAGCGUGCGACUGGCACAACGACGGGCAACGGGGGAACUUUCACUCAUAACAAGCUUUAUCUCAUCGUCAUUUUUGUGGGGCUUUUGGUUGUUCUCGUCCUUGGGGUUAUGCUGAGCGCUUGGUGUUGUAAAGGUAUCGUAUUUCUUUCCCCUUCCGAGCUUCUUUCCUUUCUGACGGUCUCCUUUGUUCGACAGGAUCGUUUAAAAACCCCUUGUGUUGCCCUUGCUAUUUGUGCGCCUGCUGCGGAGGCUUGGCUUGUCUUGAAUGUAUUGGUUGCGGUCUGUGCGCAGAAGGCGUUGAACAAAUAUAGGCCAACUUGGCUUGAAUCUACCCGUCCUUGUGGCAGUCAUGCCAUUGCCAGUCGAGUGCGCUUCGAAAAUGGACUGAUUUGAAAGAACUUCUUGAUACCAUGGACGCACUUUUUUCCUCGUUACCUACCUGGACAUCGUAGGGCCUUAAAUCUUCCUAAUACCCCGUAUCUUAGAGCGCACUCACCGGAUAUCCUUGUCAAUGUUGUUACUAUGCUGGUUAUUCAAUGAAAGUACAUGGUCGUUGAA